AAGGCGUGUGGAAAUUUCCAAUUUCUGGUUGCGUGUUCUUGGAAAUAAAACUCUGACCCAACUUCUCACCGGCCUGUUAGGAAUAGAUCAAAAUGUAGGUCGGCAUUUAAAAUUUAGGUUCAUCAAAGCUGUAUAAUUCAAGCUCAAAGUUAUAAUAACAAUAACCAAGAAGCCGUCGAUUAACGCAAGGGAAGACAAACACAGAUUAUCAAAGAAAGAAUUCCCACAGGCGUUUACAAAGUUUAUAUAUAUGUUAUGUUAAACUUUGUAUAAGUCGCCUGUUCGUUAGAAGUUUUACUAUGGUUAAUGCCAAAAUGAAAAUUAAACACAGUCAGUCGCUUAUAGUACUUAACGAUGUUAGCAGCUUUUCCAUUCUUGGACUGGAUGAAUUUUGUGAUCCGCUAUCUAUGCCAGUUUGUACCAGCAGGUGUAGGACGUUAAUCUACGCUGUAACCAAUGGCGUACCAGCUAAUAUAUUACGUCAGCUCAUCAACCAAGGAUGUGACGUCAAUGCUAAAGACGCCAAUGGAAAAACAGCUUUAAUGUACGCAAUGGCUCGGAGAGACAUACCAUUCCACCUUCUCAAGCUCAUGGUCGGCCAUGAUGUGAACGCUGCAGAUAGAGAAGGCGUCAGCAUAUUGGUGUAUGCUGUCAAAUACAAGCAAGAGAAGCGGUUCAUUCAACACCUUCUUCACUCGGGAGCUAAACUAGACCUUAAGGAUGUUUACGGAAAGACAGUUUUGGACUUCGUCUUUCAAUGCUGCCCCUACAAGAGUUUCGCGCUUGUGGAUACAAUAAAAAAUCCAAGUUGGCUUAAUCUAGUAUCGCUUGUUGAUAUGCUGUAUCCCUAUAUGAGCCUGAUGCAGAGAGUCAACACGGCGGCUUAUUUCGUGAAUCAAUCUGGUCUCACGUUUCGUAAGUUAUGUGAAGAAAAUAAAAAAUUCUUGAAAUGGAUGCUCAGUAAAUGCAUCGUGCCUAAAGCGAUCGUGCCUAAAGCUGUAGGCUGGGAAGCAGUAGCUGGCCGCUGCUCACCGAUUUUGUCUGCGGUAAUGCUCGGACAUCUGGACGCUGUGCAGUACUUACUCGCAGUGGGAUGUCUUACAAACUCUGACCUCACAUUUCUACUCGGACUACUUCGGAAUCAAGAUCUACGAAUAACCGUCGACAUGCGACGAUGUAUAGAGCAGAAAACCUCUCAGCCUUGGCCUCUGAUCAAGUUGUCACUUCUGGCUGUGUCUACCUCAGUAGGAAACGAACCCGAUCGCAUUAGUCGUGUAAGAAGUUUGCAUAUACCGACUUGGCUGCAAGAUAUUCUCGCUUACGCCGUACCGCCAUCAAGACUUCCACAUAAAGUGACUUUAAAUAUCUCUACCACACUUGAGUAGGUACGAAAAACGAAAGAGCAACAUGCACUUUUCAAAAUUUUGUGUAAUUAAUAAAAAACAAGUUUGCUGAUUAACUCAA